GCGCAGCAGCGUGCGUGCGCCUAAGCUAAACCGCCCCCUCCCCUCUGAAAUCCAUCCCCUCUCAACCGCGAGUCAUCAAGAAAAUAGGGACCAAUAACACAUGCGUUCAGGUGUAACAUCUUUCCCCGCCGCGUAUCCCCUCUCGCCGGGUACCGAGGCUUCAAACGGAUAUGAGGUAGCCAACACGGCUCUUACAAAACGGACCCGACCUCGUCCGCCCGGCGCCGGAGAUGAGUAGUCGUCGUGGGCUACACGAUGAAAAAUCUGCAGGCUGAGUGAGUGAGCGCAUAUGAGGCGAGAGGCAGGCUGCCGCCUCGCUGUGCCUUUUUCCCCUCUUUGGCCGCUGCUCUGUGCCUGCGAGGGAGGCUGAGGGAGGAGGUGUCGUCUCUCAGGCACGGUCGGUCAGCUUCUCACCUUCUUUACUCGUCGUUUCAAGAAGAGUCGGCGUGUUUUUCUUUCGUGAGGUAACCGGCGAAGGAGUGAUGGAUGAGAAGACGGAGAUGAGCAAAACUAAAGUCGUUAUUUUCAGGUCACUUUCAGCCUGAGUGGGCUCCCCUGCUCAUUCCGAGGGCUCUGCCCAUCACAGCCACAGUCUUCACACGCCGAGACCGGGUGGAGGAGAGAAGGAAAAACAGUAACUAUGUCGGUCGAUUGAAAUGACCCUUAAAGCAGCGUUUAUAUUAGAGGAUUUGGUUUCUCCGCAUCUUCGUUAUCUCGAAUUCGUUGCCAAACAACGCGAGACGUAAAGACCGCAAGUCUGGUUUCGCCCGUGGAGGAAGCUGCCGCCACCACAGCUGGACAUGUUGACACCAACGUAAAAAAUGGAUGUAGUUUUUGCUCUCCUCUGGCUGCUGGCUGCGUUUCUGAAGGGCAUUCUUUGCCAGGGAGUAUACGCUCCUCCAGCUGUUCGCAUCAUCCACUCUGGCCACGCAUGCAACGUGGAGGACGAGCGGUACAGUGAGAGGGUUUAUACGAUCCGGGAGGGUGAGACACUGGAGCUGGUCUGCCUGGUCUCAGGGCAUCCACGGCCACAGAUACGAUGGACCAAGACAGCAGGCAGUGCUUCUGACCGCUUCCAGGACUCCAGUGUAUUUAACGAGACUCUUCGCAUAUCUCGCAUCCAGAGGCACCAGGGAGGCCGCUACUACUGCAAGGCAGAGAACGGCCUCGGCUCCCCCGCCAUCAAGUCCAUCAGAGUGGAUGUCUACUAUCUGGAUGACCCUGUGGUGACAGUACACCAGAGUGUAGGAGAAGCUAAGGAGCAGUUCUACUAUGAGAGGACAGUUUUCCUCCGCUGCGCUGCCAACUCCAACCCCCCAGUGCGAUAUAGCUGGAGACGUGGGCGCGAGUUUCUAUCUCAAGGCUCUGACAAAGGCGUGGAGAUCUAUGAGCCUUUCUUUACACAGCAGGGGGAGACAAAGAUCCUCAAGCUGAAAAACCUUCGACCUCAGGACUACGCCAAUUACACCUGUACUGCCUCGGUCCGCAAUGUCUGUGGCAUCCCUGACAAGAGCGUACUCUUCCAACUCAGCAACAGAACGGCAUCUCCCACCAUUAAGCUGCUGGUAGAAGACCCCAUAGUGGCUAACCCAGGACAGACAGUGACUCUGGUCUGCAUCACCUCUGGAGGGGAGCCCACCCCAGUUCUAACAUGGGUACGCAAUGCUGAGGGCCUUCCUAAGAAGAGUGUCCUGAACGGUGGGACCCUGACCAUCCCUGCCAUCAGCACAGAAGAGGCUGGUGUCUAUAGCUGUCUGGCCAGUAACAACGUGGGCAACCCCGCCAAAAAGUCCACAAACAUCAUUGUCAGAGCUCUGAGGAAAGGCCGCUUCUGGAUCACGCCUGACCCUUAUCACAAUGAUGACAAUAUCCAGAUUGGCCGGGAAGUAAAGAUCUCCUGCCAGGUGGAGGCCACGCCAGCUGAGGAGCUGAUGUUCAGCUGGCUGAAGAACGGACGGCCGCUGCGCAGCUCUGAGCGCAUGGUCAUCACCCAGACAGACCCUGACGUUGCCCUGGGAACCACAAACCUGGACAUAAUUGACCUCAAGUUCACUGAUUUCGGUACCUACACCUGUGUGGCAUCAUUGAGGAAUGGGGGCAUACCCGAGAUCAGCAUAGAUGUUAACAUCUCAUCUACUACUGUCCCCCCCAGCCUGACGGUCCCAAGAGGGAAGUCUCCUUUGGUGACACAGGAGGGUGACACGGUGGAGCUUCAGUGCCUGGUGUCAGGCAAACCCAAGCCCAUCAUCCUCUGGUCUCAUGCUGACAAGGAGGCGCCCAUGCCGGACGGCAGCAUGCAGACUGAGAGCUAUGAUGGCAUCCUGCGCAUCGUCAACGUCUCACGCGAGAUGACUGGCACUUACCGCUGCCAGACAAGCCAGUACAAUGGCUUCAAUGUGAAGCCUCGUGAGGCCAUCGUGGAGCUCAUUGUGCAGUACCCACCAGCGGUGGAGCCGGUGUACACAGAGAUUCGGCAGGGCCUGGGCCGAGCCUUCAGCCUGAGCUGCAGAGUGCUACGUGCACACCCGUCUCGCGUGCUGAAGUACGAGUGGAAGCUAGGCACACGGCUGCUGACUGUCGGACAGUUCGACACACGUGAUGAGACCGAGUACCAUGUGAGGGCACUGAACCGCGAGGGCUAUGGUGCCUACACCUGUGACAUCACCAAUGAAGCCGGUGCUGGCCGCUGUACAUUCCUGGUAACAGGCAAGGCCUUUGGUCCAGAGUUCUACUAUGACACAUACAGCGCCCUGUGGCAGAACAAGCCAAGCGUGUAUGGCUUCAAACUCCAAUGGACGCAGAUGAAUCCCAAUGCAGUGGACCGCAUUAUGGCCUAUCGUCUUGGUAUCAAACAGACAGGGCAGCAGAGAUGGUGGGAACAGGAGAUUACGAUGGAAGGCACCAUCCAGAAGGGGGAGCUCCUUACCUACAACCUGACAGAGCUGGUCAAACCUGAGGCUUAUCAGGUGCGCCUAACCCCCAUCACCCGCUUUGGAGAAGGCGACUCGGCUGAAAGGAUCAUCCGCUAUAGUGAAGCCAGACGUGAUACAGCUCCUGUAAACCCCCAUUGGAGUAAAUUCCAUUGCAACUUUGAAGAAGAAGCCAUAUGUAUGUUCACCCAAGACAAGACAGAAGAAUUUGACUGGACAAGGCAUAGUGCUGCCACCAGAGACACCAAGUAUACCCCUAACACUGGACCCAGCAGUGACCGUAGUGGUUCAAAGCAAGGUUAUUACAUGUACAUUGAAACCUCAAGACCUCGUCAGGAAGGAGACAAGGCACGACUGUUGACCCCAUUGUUUAAUGUUGCUCCAAAAAAUCCCUACGGAAAUGUGGCCACUAAUCCAACCUACUGCUUUAGCUUCUACUACCACAUGUAUGGGAAGCACAUAGGCUCCUUGAAUGUGUAUUUAAGACAGAAGAGUCAGACUGGUCAAGAUAGCUCUGUGUGGACUCUCAGCGGAAACCAAGGGGACCGCUGGAGGCAGGCUAGAAUCGACAUCCACCCUACAUACUCAUUUCAGAUGGUUUUGGAGGGCGUCCGUGGUCCUGGCAUUGAAGGGGAUAUUGCCAUAGACGAUGUGACCAUUGAGGAGGGAGAGUGUCGAGACCCCCCUCCCAAUAGCAAUCUGAGAUCCCUGGCCCCUCCUACAGCAGAGCAUAUAUGGCAGUUGUGUCUCACCCUGCUCUUGGUCCUGGCUGGCCAUCGGAGGUGACCGUGUCCUGGAGAGGUCAAAUCCGGCUCUGGCACUCGUAGGGGCUUUUGGCAGACAAGGACUGUCCGAAUACAACUACCAAAGAUUCAUCCCGUCUGUAAGAGAGAAUCACAGUUCUACGAAUUAUCCAGAUGGAGUGCGGGAGAGAGUCGAUGACUAGUUAACAAAUAAUGAUCCGUAUAUUACAGGAGACCAUACAAAGUCAGGAUUCAAAAGCCUAUUAAAGUUGUUGAAGUUCUUAAUACGGAAUGGGUGUGCCUGGAUUCUUUGAUAACCAUGGAUUGACCAGGUGAAUCUUCUCAAAGCACAAAGACGCAACAUGUUUUUUCCAGAAGGUUUUGCUUUGUUUCUCAGUGUUCAUCUUGCUGUCCAUAUCAUUGCAAUAUAUGACACAAGUGGAAGAGCUAGCACCCCUGAUAAAUGAUAAUGAGAAAAAGUAGAAAUUAUUGUUUGUCUCGACAAGAUUCUAUUUCUUCUUAUUAUUUUUGUUAUACAAGUAGCAGAAGAAUAUGAGCAAUGAUAUCCCCUAAAUAUGGCUGACUUCAUUAGGGCUCCUGAAAACUGGGCUGUUUUAAAAAUGCCUUUUGGUUUUGGACUGCUGUCUUUCAUUGUUUUUUUUUAUAUUAUCUCCCAUAAUAUGGCCAUGUCUAAAUAUAAAUAGGUCAUGACCUAUUCAUACUGCAGUUUCACUUCUUUAUGGUGGUGACUUCCAAUAUGUUGUUUCAAUGCUAUCUUUAUAUUUGGGUUGUCAUCUCUGAUAUCCACAGGUAUUUGGCCAAACUCAUUUAAUUCAUGGAUAACUGACCAGUUUAACACUCAAUGUCUUUAAGAAUCAUUGAGUUGGCCUUUUCAUUUUAGUAUGACUUCAUAAAAUGCGUUAAAAUGAGGUGCAGGGACCGCUUGAAUGUCAACCUUUAACUCCUGCAUGGGUUGUCCAUAGAAUUCCAAACUGUGCCCAUCUGAAGCUGUGCCAGUCUGCAAGCAGUUGUUUUCUUGAGGUGCAGAAAGAUAGCCGUCCUUUCACAAGACCUUUCACCAUAGGACCCUGUUCCAAUACAGAACACGGAGCUGCUGUCUGCAAUGAAAUCAAGUGCCUUCAGAACUUAGUGUAACAUCAUUCUGUUCAAACACCUGGUGAGCUAUUGAUCUUUGGCACGUUAAUAGCAUAUCAAUAGCAACAAGAUGAAGGGCAAGAAACAAGCACGACAGAUGGAUGACCCCAGUGCCACGUCCUGUCCCAAAGCCCCUUCACAGCUCUCUUGGAUUCCGCAUACUGUUGGUCAUUAUUUACUUUGACAGCCAUUGCUUUCAAAUUAUACACCAUGACAUGUUCCAAUCCCGAUUGAGAUUGACAAAGAACUAUAACGGAAUCAUUUGAGGAAAUACUGUUCCAGGAGUUCCAGAACCAGAAUUCCAAGGUCUGUACGAAGUACUGCUGGGAGGGUCACUGUGAAGUCCUCCUCAAUUCAAUAAGACGUUUGUGUUGUCGAAGAAGACGUUUUUCAAUCACUCAAGGACUGAUUGGUACAAGGGAUGAAGUAUGAUGUACUCUGUGAACAGCCUUGAUGAGCUGGGUCCAUCCACUUGGAUUCUUACAAAUGAUAUUUUAUUACUCUGACAAACAGUGACUGCUUUUACACAAACUGUUUAAAAAAUUGUUUGAACUACCUGAGACCAUUCAUUACCUUAACCAGCUGGUUUUUGGAAAUGUAUUGUAAAGUCACUUUUAUUGUUCAUAAAGUUCUUUCUGGGAAGAUUAAUUUUCCUCCCUGAGAUUUGUUAGUCCACAAUAUGUUGUUCAGUUUCUUUUUUUUUCUUAAACAUGUCCAUUUUUAAACCCCUUUUCAUGAUCGUACAGUUCAACAUGAUAUAAUAUGAAAUUAUAGUUCGGUAUUAUGAAAUAAUAUCAAAUAUGAGAUUAUAUGCAAAUACAUUGGACAGGGCCUCCUAUUCAAGUUUCACAUUUUUAAAAUAUUCAUACAAAAAAGCACAAAUAAUAUCACUAUCACAACACAAGUACUUUCCACACAAGUUGUUUUCUUUUUCUUCAAUUUGAUUAAGCUACACCUAGUAGAAACUACUCCCCAGUAAUUACGUAUGAAAAGGCAAAAAGAUAUUUUACAUCUCUGAUCAAUAAAAAGCUUUCAUGGUAA